CCCCCCCUCCCAGGUCAGGGGCGGAGAGUAUGACGUAGGGAACAGAAGGGGACCCCCCCCCCGAGCGAAGGCCGGAGAGUAGGACGUAGAGAGCAGCGGAGAGCACAACGGCGGAGCGGAGCUGGCCGCGGGACAGAAGCUCUUCAGGGGAAGUGAAGUUAACCUGAGUGGUUUCGGAAGCCUGCUUUUAGCCGUGUCGCUGAUUUCGAAGAACCACUUCAAGGCCAGGGACCACGUCUAAUUCCCACCUGGUUCCCCUCUCCACGGCCGGAGUGGAGAUGACCACCAUCAACGAGCUUCCCGAGAACAUCCUCCUGGAGCUGUUCUCCUUGGUCCCGGCGCGGGAGCUGCUGCUCCGCUGCCGGCCCGUGUGCAGCCUGUGGCGGGACGUCAUCGACCUGCCGUCCCUCUGGAAGCGCAAGUGCCAGCGCGAGGGCUUCAUCUCCGACCGCUGGGACCGGCCCGUCGCCGACUGGAAGAUCUUCUACUUCCUCUGCAGCCUCAAGAAGAACCUGAUCCGCAAUCCCUGUGCCGAAGAGGGGUUUGAAUUUUGGACGCUUGAUGUAAACGGAGGAGAUGAGUGGAAGGUGGAGGACCUGCCUGGAGAGCAUGGGAGAAUAUUUCCCAAUGCCCAAGUGAAGAAAUACUUCGUCACCUCCUACUACACGUGCCUCAAGUCUCAGCUGGUUGACCUGAAAGCAGAAGGCUACUGGGAGGAGCUGAUGGACAACACCAAGCCGGACAUCGUGGUCAAAGACUGGUUCGCGGCGAGACCCGACUGUGGCUGCAAGUACCAGGUCUGCGUGCAGCUGCUCUCUUCCGGGCACGUGCCCCUGGGCACCUUCCAGCCGGAUCCUGUCGCCGUCCAGCAGUGGAGUGACGCCAAGUGGAGAGAGGUCUCCCACACGUUCUCCAAUUACCCCUCUGGCGUCCGGUACAUCUGGUUCCAGCACGGAGGAGUAGACACAAACUACUGGACCGGAUGGUACGGCCCCCGCGUCACCAACAGCAGCAUCACCAUCGGCCCCGAGCCGACCCGAUGCCCAACGCGUCUCGAACGGUAAAUCGCCGGGACGGGGACCCGGCGGCGUCUCGCCGCUCGCUGGGUUCCCAUCGGCGAAGCUUCGAAGCGACGGUGGUUCCUCCCUCUCUUCCUCCUCCUGUUUCCCUGUUAGAGCUGAGCCUCCGCAGAGCUUCGUUAUCCCGGCGGGCGGGGAGGGAACGCCGUCCCCCCGGAUGGCGGGUCGGCCUCUCCCAGUUCGUUGCAGCCCAGGGGAUCCGUAGGUCCCCCGUGUCCUUCGCUUCUCCUCCCCGCGCCCCCUGCUCUCCCAACCGAUCUCUCUUAGGCGCCCCACGAGGAGCUGGAAAAGAGAGGAGAUGAGAAAGCUCAAACCAGCCCCUUCUGCUCCUUGGACGCACCUCUUGAGAAGUUUGACGGCAGAGGAUGCGGAAGCUAACAACUAAAAUGGUUCAUGGGUCGGGUGGCCAUUCAUCCCGUUUAUUCAUUCAUUCAGUCGUAUGUAUUGGGCGCUUCCUGUGUGCAGAGCACUGUACUAAGCGCUUGGAAGGUACAAUUCGGCGACAGAUAGAGACAGUCCCUACCCAACAACGGGUUUGUGCCAGACGGUCUGGGUUUCAGCGGGUCUGUCCCCUGACCGGUACUGCUUUGGGGACUGGGAGGAUCAGUAAAGGGGCGUCUGGUCUCGAGGGCUGGCAGCAGCCACCCUAGCCGUGAGGAUGAUCCGGGGGUCCCGUUUAUCCAUGCUGCCGUUUCCCCACUAGCCAGGAUCUCUGGGGGCAAAGGAUGACCGUGUUUGUCACCCUUUCUGAUGCCGCCCCUUCUCUCGGGCCUGCUGGUGGGGUUGGGCUGGCUCCAGAAGCGGGGAAGACCCUAGCUACGUAGUUUCCACGUGCUCAGGGCCCAAGGGCCCCCGAGGACAAACCCUCGGGAAGAAGCAGCCCUAAUUAUUUGAAGGGAGCAAUAGAAUUCCACCUCCUGGUAGGACAUCCCUACCGUCCGUGGGCUCGGCCUCGCUUCCUCUGACACUCCCAUCCUCUGCCCCGGCUGUCUCAGUUUCCCUUCAUCCCAGCCUUUCCCUUGGGAGUAUUCAUUCAUUUCCUCAUUCAGUCAAUCGAUCGUAUUUAUUGAGCACAUUCUGUGCGCAGAGCUCUGUACCAAGCGGUUGGGAGAGUACAAUAUAGCAAUAAACAGGUAUAUUUCCGCGUAGCCGGGGCAGCCGGAGGGACCGGACCCCCACCUCCCGGCCCGAGGUUCGGAUCCCGUGGUCAUUCCUCCCCGUCUCCACUAUUAGAUCGCGCUUUUUCCAAAACCUGGAGUCAGGGGGUGUUAGACCUAGCUCUCAUCUCGCUCAGAACCGACCGGAGGGGCCGUACCGUGGCUAGGAGAUGGUCAGUUGUUGGGGGUGGAAGCCCAGGGACCCCGGGGUCCCCAGUUCGGACGGGCUCCAAGGUGGAGCCGACAAAGUGUUGUUCCCACCCCCCCCCAGCAACUUUCCCCACUUCCCGACUGAGCAUUCCCAACUUUCCCUUCUGUGAUCAGGGAAUCCUCCCCCCGUGGGCUAGGCAUUGCCCAGAGCUUGCGGAAGGCACUAACUAACCCUGCCUGCUAGCUGACGUUCGCGGCCGAGACCGUCCCUCCCCACACUCCGGAAUGGUUUUUUCCCUCCCUGCCCAUCUGUUCGGGGGCCGGCGAUUUUAAGACACUGCUGUUCGGGAGCCGUCUGCUCCACGUGCCGAAUAAAAGGUUUUCCAAGCCA